AGAAGUGCUGGGGCCGGCCAUGACCCCAACCGUGUUCGCCGCGUGGGAGAAGGCGUACUGGCUUCUCGCCAAGAUGCUGAUCGGCCGAGAAGCGCAGCUCUACAAGGACUUUGAGAAGUGGGCUUCAUGGAGGAAGUUCAAGAUCGACCGGGUUGUGCCGGAAACUGAGGAUAUCUACUCUUUCUACCUGGUGCCCGAGGACGGUAAGAAGCUGCCGAAGUUCUUCCCGGGCCAGUACGUCUCGCUGCGUGUCCACAGCCCCGAGGGCUACAUGCAAGCGCGCCAGUACUCGCUCAGCGAGGCCUGGCGGGAGGACUACUACCGCAUCAGCGUCAAGCGGGACGAGGGCGCCCGCUACGCCAACUCGGUCUCCAAGUCGUAUUUCCAUCCGGGCCUUGUUUCCAACAUGCUCAUCGACCACAUGCCGGCCGGCUCUACUGUCGAGCUGUCCCACCCGGCCGGCGAGUUCUUUCUCGACGUCAACAACUCCUCCGCCACUCCGCUGGUCCUGAUCUCGGCGGGCGUGGGCGCUACCGCGCUGAUCGCCAUCGCCAACACGGUCACCAAGACGCAGCCGGGGCGGCCCAUAUCGUGGAUCCACGGCUCGAGACGAACUGUGCCCUUCGAGGAGCACAUCGCCCAACUGCGGCGCAACAACCCCAACUUCCGCACAAACAUCUUCAAGACGCACCUCGCCAGCAGCGACGUCGUUGGCGUCACGUACAACUACGACUUUCGUAUGGACCUCGCCAAGGUCGGCGCCGACAACCUGUUCCUACACAACAGCGGCACCGAGUACUUCAUUUGCGGGCCUGAGCAGUUCAUGAUGGAGAUGUCGGAUUACCUAAAGGCCCAGGGCGUCGGCGCCGCCCGCGUCAAGUUUGAGCUCUUUUCGACAGGAGAUUUGGCGUUCAAGCAUCAGUGAGCUGUGACAGGGUGCAGGAAAAGUUUUGCUUUGGUCCAAGUCAGAGUCAUUAGAGGGUUAGAGGUGGAGACAAAGACUUUGAUACCCCUGGGUUUGCUCACUUCUUUCUUCUUACCUGGUCAGAUCAUCAGUAUGGCAUAUCGGAAACCGGAUUUUAGAGUUUGGAGCUUAGCGA